GCUUCCUGCGUUUGUGGCGUGGGGAGGGCAGGUCUCAUUAGCUGCUUUGUGCAUAAUAAAUAUCAACAAGUUUCUUUACAGCUGAUUUCAACUUCUUUAUAUUAGCAGACGAGGCGUUGGUUCGUUCAGAGGCAUCGCUGUCCGAUGUGUUUUGGCGUUCAGUUCUUGUUAACCACUUAACUCAGAGGCAACAGUGUACAGGGCGACACGGAUGAUCAAUCUGUGACCUAACAGCAGGAAGAAGAGAGGCUAACCCUGAAUAUCUUAGUCCAAGCAAAGGGAAGGAUGGCCUGGGUAGUUUCAUUGUUUACUAUUUUGAGUACACUAGCACUGUCAGGUGCUGAUGAAAUACGAGUUCCCCCAUCUAUUGUGUCACCAGUAGAGCCACAGCAGCUACUUUACUUACAAAAUGAUAGGGUGGAAGUGAACUGUAGUGCCACUGGACAACCAGCUCCUACAUACAAGUGGCUGUGGAACGGGAACGAUAUAAACAGUGACUAUAUCACCUUCAGUGCAACAACAGGAAUCCUGACAAUGACCAGUCUCACUACAAGAGAAGAAGGCUUGUUUGUGUGUUAUGCCAAGACAACCUUUUCUAAUGCGAUGACAGCCACUGCUGUUUCUGCAGCAGUAGAAAUCCGAGUAGCCCGUGUAGAAGAUUUUAUAAAAAGACCUCUUGCGGCGUACACUGGUACUGAAGGAAACUAUGUAACCAUUCCUUGUGACAAAGAUCUUCCUAAGUAUUAUGGAGCCAUCACUUUCAAGUUGUACACAGCUCGCAGUACAAGAAAUGAGGAGGUUUUAACAGAUGAACGCAAGUUCAUUGAUCAAAGAGGCAAUUUGCACUUUUCAUAUGUACUCAAGUCAGAUGAGAGGGUUGGAAACACUACAUACAAAUGCGCAAUCAGCAGUACUCCGACUAAUGUCAUCAGACUUGGCAACGAGAACACCCUGACUGUCAGAAGCACUGGACAUAUUGCAAAUUCAGCACCGAAGCUUCAGUAUAAGACCUCUGGCUCAUUCCUCACUGUGGAAAUUGGAAUAAAUGCCACACUACAGUGUGUCUUCAGCGGAUACAUCGCAAGCAGCAUCCCAUCAGAGACAGUACCCAGAGUCACGUGGUAUGAUCAGGAUGGACGAGCCAUCACACAAGGAGGUCGCUAUAAUAUUACCUCAAAUGGCAAAACUCUUACGAUCAUGAAUGUGACAGAAGAUGAUGAGAAGAUCUACCACUGCAGAGGAACGAAUUCAAUGGGUACUGCUGAAGGAAACCUGACUCUCAAUGUCACAUCACGUCCCAUUUGGGUAAAACCUUUGAAGUCAACGACCGUUGUACAAGGAAAAGAUGCAGUGCUUUCCUGUGUCACCCGGUCUGCAAAAGGUGAACUGAGUCCCAGUCAGCCAAAGUGGGCCCUGAAUACAGAUCAGUUUGGCUCCUUCUAUGAUUACAACAAGUACCAGUUCAGUGCUGACAAGACCACACUGACAGUCAAGUCUGUUAACAAGGAUACAGACAUCGCCUGUUUCCAGUGCACUGUGGCUAACAGUGUUGGCGUGGUUCAUGGUGAUGGUUGUGUCAAUGUUAUAACGCCGAUUGAGCUCAAAGUAAAACCAUCAGCUGAACAGUCAGUCAAUAAGGGAGAUGUGGUGGACCUGACUGUAGAGGCCUCCACAGACCCACUCUAUGCACCUAACAUGACUUACUCCUGGAUCUUCAAAAAUGUGACUUACACUGGUGACAAGGCUCCACCUUACGUGACCUAUGACCUUGUCAACAAGAGGGCUUACAUCAACACCUCGGGGCUCACUGAUGAGGAGUUCAAGAGCAUUGGUGGCAUUUACCGCAGGGUUAUCUCCCAUCCAGUGGAGACGGUUUAUGUUGAUGUCAGUGUUGAGACAGAACAUGUACCUGUAGUGAUCCCAUGUACAAAGGACACACCCUGUACAACCAGCCAUGCCCAGGUUGCAAGUAACAGCAUAGAAAAUUUGCUGUCAAUACUUCUCACAACCAUGCUAUAUUACUUUAUUUGUUAUUGUAAAUAUUAAGACAUUUUUCUUUGCUCUCUCUUCACAUACAUAAAGAGGCUUGAUGAUUAUACAUCCUACUCUAGAAGAUGUGUCAGCAUAGCCAUCAAGUGCUGAUCUAUUCGGUGACCAUAAACUUUAACUUGGCAUUUGUUACCCAAGGUUUCUAGAUUUUUCUAGUUUUUGCCUACAAGGGACAAGAAGAAUUGAACUUUAUUAAGUAAAUAAAUUCAUCUUAACAGAUAUGCCUAUAACUCUAUAACUGCCAAAGACAUAUUUUAGCCUUUAGAAAUUUCAAUCUUUUGAAAAAUCCAUUGAUUUUCAUUUCACAGCAGUCUAUGUGUUAGCUAUUCAUAUUUUGAGUAUUAAUUUUAUUAAUGCAUUACUGUGUAUGUACUAAGUGUACACAAGUAUAACUCCAAGAAGUUGUUCAUGUGGUGCUAUUGGUACCACGAAAGAUAUGAAUACUCUGUACUGUCUGUUCAUUUUCUCCAGAAUUCCUUUUUGUUUCGUAGAUUUCUUGAUAGCUGCAUUUUCUGUACAUUAUUUUCCCUGGUGUAAAGAAGAAUUGAAUUGUAUCAAUAUAAUGUAAUAAAAAUAAAAUGUUCACACUAUUUUAUUACACAAUUUCAUGUUAAUAAUUUUUACAUCUGCACUGUUACAUCUUAUUAAUUUCAGCGCAGUACUUCAAUACUGAAUGCAUGUACAAUCAGAUUUUGUAAGAUUCACAGUUCAUAAAUCAGAAAAAUUUGGUGAUGAAUUAAAAGUUAUUAAACGUUUAUUAGUUUUA